CCCUCUUGCUUCUAUUCCAGCAGGAAAAUUCGUUGCUGAGUUGGACUUGGAAGGAAACUUGGCACAGCAGCAGCGCAGGGGAAGAAUUCCAAGUUUUCCUGGAAGCCUGGUUUUGUUUUAAAUGGAAUGUGGGUGUCUCUCCCUUCUCCCUGCAUGUUGGGGAGGGCUCUGGGGACCCCCAGGGUGGUUGUGAGUGUCCCCUCUCUGCUGGUUUGGGGCAGGGAAGGGGGAGAUUCCACCCCCACAAGAGCUGAUUCCAGAGCUGUAAUUCCUGGAUAACAUCCACGUAGGGAAGUGUGAAACCUUUGUGUCACCAGCCCAGAGAUUCCUCCUGUGAGUGGAGCAGGAAGCUUUGCUUUUCCCUCUCCUUUUGUUGGAAAAGUAAGAUUUGAAAGCUUUAGGUUUAUUUUUUUUGGUUUUGUUUUUCGGGUUUUUUUUAUUCCAAAUUUCUCUAUGGAAAAGUGGGAACAUCCCACUUGGAGCCAUCCUGUGACCCACCCCUGUCCUGUGAUCCAGGGACUUUUCUCCCAGCAAGAUCCUCCUCCCCAGUCACAUCCUGGGCCCUCCCCCUUGAGCUGCCAGAGGAGGAGGAGGAGGAGGAAAAUUCCCAUUUCCCAGAGCUUUUGUGGAUGACUCGGGUGUAAACACCCCCCCCCUCCCCGGUUUUCCAACUCCUGGGAGAAGAAAAGCAGCUGGAGCAGCCCAAAUCCCUUGGGAAGGAGGAUGAGGACUGGGAGGGGCUGACAGGGGUGGGACACAGCUUUGGCCCUUCACCCCCUUUGGGAACUGCAUUGUUUGUCCCUGGGGGGAUUUUAUUGAACAAUCACUUGGGGGGGGCAGGAUCCAAACCCCCCUCGGGAUGUGUCCCAAUCCUGAGUUCCUCAUCCUGGGAAUUCUGGGCAGCAGAGAUUUUUACAACAAGAGAUUUUUGUUUUUCCCUUUUUCAAAGCUUUGUCUCAUUUCUGCCUCCCUCUGUCCCCCCCUCAGAGGACUGUGGCCCCCAAAACCCCUGUUCCCCCUGUUUAGCCCCCUAAGCCUCCAUCCUCCCCCGCUUUGGCCCCCCCAAGCCCCCAUUUGACUCCCCUGGAUUUGCCCCCCCCCAAAUCCUCAUCCCCUCCUUUCUCCCUCUAAAUCCCCAUCCCCUUAAUUUGACCCCCCUACACCCCCUGUGCCCCCCUUCUUUGGCCCCCCAUAACUCCCAUCCAUCCCCCCAUUUGUCCCCCCCAAACCCAUGUCCCCCCAUUUGUCCCCCAAACCCUGUCCCCUCUCCAAGUUUGCCCCCCCAAACUCUGUUUGUCCCCCCCAUUUGCCCCCCUAAACCCCCUUCCACCCGUUUUUCCCCCUCAAACCCCCUUUUCCCCCCCAUUUGCCCUGCCCCCGGUGCCCCCGGUGCCCCCAGUGCCCUCAGUCACACACGGCCACGUCAGGGCCUCGUGCUCGGGGCGAUGAUUCUGUGCUGGAGCCCCAGGGCUGACUCAGCCCCCCCGGGCCGGGUCACACGGGGGGUGACCCCUCUCUCGGGGACCCCCUGGGCAGGGGGUGACACGGGGGGUGUCGGGGGGGCUCCAGCCUGACCCCCUUCCCCCUUGGUGCUGCUCUGUCCCCUCUGCUCUGCCCUGUCCCAGCCUGGUCCCAGGAGGGUCCAUCCCGGUGCCCGCGGCCGGAGGGUGACGGUGACAGCGGCGGUGACGGUGAUGAUGUCGAUGUUCCCACGCCUGGCACAGGGCACUGGUGCCACCGGGACCUUCCGCCCUGUCCCGCAGGAGCCGCGUGACGGAGGGGACGGUCCGGGCAGAAAGCACCGUCUGGGCCCCCCCUUCCCCCUCGGGGGCCAGCCUGGGACCCCCAAACUGGGCACGCGGGGGGGGCCUGCCUGGGUUGGGGACACUGGGGACAGGGAGGGGCUCCUGUGCUCUGCUCCUGCUGUCACAGGAUGCCCCCGAUGCCCCCGAGCUGCCGUGUCCGGCCUCUCCUGGAGGCGGUGGGUGCUCAGCCCCCUCACCCCAGGGUGCUGGGGGGGAUCGGGGGGCCCCAGGAGCACCAGUGCCCUGUCCUGCCCAGCUGGGGGGAGGACUCGGGGUCGAGGAGGUGUCCCCAGGGCAGGAGGUGUCCCCAAGGUGGGAUGGUGGGGCAGGAGGACAUCCCUGGGACCGGGAUCCUUGGGGCAGGAGGGUGUCCUGGAGCAGGGUGGAGGGGUGGGACACCCCUGGGGCAGGAGGGUGUCCCUGGGACCGGGAUCCUUGGGGCACGAGGGUGUCCUGGGGCAGGGUGGAGGGGUGGGACACCCCUGGGGCAGGAGGGUGUCCCCGGUGUGGGACAGUGGGGCAGGAGGGUGUCCCGGGGGCAGGAGAAUGUCGCUGGGACGGGGAUGUCGCCGGGACAGGGGUGUCCCCAGGACAGGACCCAGCGGCAGCAGCCCCGCGCCGGGGCUGACUCAGCCCGUCCCUGCAGCAUCACGUGAAGCCGGGGCAGCCCCCCCGUCCCCCCUCCCCGUCCCCUCGAUCCCUCCCCCUCCCCAUCCAAACCCGACGCCUGCCCAAAUUUUCCGGCUGCUUCCGAACUUCCUCAAUCGAUCCAGCGGGAUAAAAGCGCAGCAGCCCCGGCCCGGCACUCCCAGUGCUCCCAGUGUUCCCAGUGCUCCCACCGACGGCUCCAUGCUGGGUGCUCAGCUGGUCCCCAGGAUGUGGUGGCUGCUGGCCCUGCUGGUCCCCGUGGCCCUGGCCCAGUUGCACCCAGAGCCAGAACUGGACGCGCAGUGGGAGCUGUGGAAGAAAACCCACCGCAAGCAGUACAACGGCCAGGCAGACGAGGUGACACGGAGGCUGAUCUGGGAGAAGAACCUCAAGUACAUCAACACCCACAACCUGGAGCACACGCUGGGCAUCCACACCUUCGAGCUGGCCAUGAACCAUCUGGGGGACAUGACCAGCGAGGAGGUGGUGAGGACGAUGACGGGGCUGAAGGUGCCCCGUGGCCACCAACGUCACAACGAGACUCUCUUUGUCCCCGACUGGACCGAGCGAGCCCCGGCUGCCAUGGACUGGCGCAAGAAGGGCUACGUCACCCCUGUCAAGAACCAGGGCCAGUGCGGCUCAUGCUGGGCGUUCAGCUCGGUGGGCGCCCUGGAGGGGCAGCUGAAGAGGAAGACGGGGAAACUGCUGCCCCUGAGCCCCCAGAACCUGGUGGACUGCGUGGCCAACAACGACGGCUGCGGCGGCGGGUACAUGACCAACGCCUUCGAGUACGUGCGGCAGAACCGCGGCAUCGACUCCGAGGACGCCUACCCCUACAUCGGCCAGGACGAGAGCUGCAUGUACAGCCCCACCGGGAAGGCGGCCAAGUGCCGCGGCUACCGCGAGAUCCCCCCAGGCAACGAGAAGGCCUUGAAGAGGGCGGUGGCCCGGAUCGGCCCCAUCUCCGUGGGCAUCGACGCCAGCCUGCCCUCCUUCCAGUUCUACAGCCGGGGGGUUUACUACGACGAGAACUGCAACGCGGAGAACAUCAACCACGCCGUGCUGGCCGUGGGCUACGGGGCACAGAAGGGCACCAAGCAUUGGAUCAUCAAGAACAGCUGGGGCGAGGAGUGGGGCAACAAGGGCUACGUCCUCCUGGCCCGCAACAUGGACAACGCCUGCGGCGUGGCCAACCUGGCCAGCUUCCCCAAGAUGUGACACCCCGGCCCUUCCCUCCCCACUUCCCAGCCUUCCAGCUCGGGCUCUUCCGGUCUCCAAGGACAGCGCUCCCGGGGGGAAUUCUAUUUCCCCUGGGAAAGGGGAGGGAACCCCUCGCCCAGCUGCAGUGAAUGGAGGGAUGAGCUCCCCCCAGCUCUGUUUUCCUGGGAAUUCUCUGCCGUGCUGGCUUCUGCCUUCCCAUGAAUCAUGCUUGGCCAGAUCCAUGGAGGCCAAUCCAUCCAGAGAUGCUUCAGGAAAUGGGUCCCAGGCCAACCUCUGCCUCCAGGAAUACUGGGGAACAGUGGAAGUGGAAUAUUCCCAACGGAGAGCACAGAUCCCUAUUGCUCCACCCUGUAUCCCAGUGGAGGCUGCUGAGAAUGAUACAACUAUUUUUCAAAUAAAAUUGGGAAUAAAA